AUGAGAUCGACAUUCCGGUUGUUGGCCAACGUCAAGCCCCGGUACUUGGAGCCGUUUGCUCCCACCGGGUUGACCGGCCUCCUCACCCACCCCAGCCCUCGCCCGACUUUGAUCUUCCUCUACCAGAGCACUCUUGACAAGCUGAAGCAUUUUCCCGAGUCCUCCGUCUACCGCCAGUCCACCGAGGCAUUGACCCGCCACCGCCUGCAAAUUGUCGAGUCGACGAAGCCGCCCGGUUUUGAGCAAUGGUUGGAGCGUGUUAAGAAGACCGUGGGCGCUGAGCCUGAGCGAUUCGCCAGUCUCCUCUUGCAAAACGGACAGUACGCCGCCUCUCAGCAGAGCGACGGAAGCGAGAACCCCCGUGGAGAGGAAUGGAAUGGCGAAUCCCUCGAGACGACGACCGAAGGCCCCGCCCGGACCGCGGCACAGGAAGCGCAAUGGCAAAAGUUGAUGGAAGAGUCUACCAAGGAGACUCACGAGUCCGAUUUCUAUAAUGAAACCAUGAAGUGGGAAGCUGAGCCCGCUCUUGAAGCAGACCAGGUUUCCGAGAUUGAGAAGCAGAUCGGGGCUGGCCUCAUUGAGGAAGUUAUCCAGGUUGCCGAGGGUGAGCUGAAGCUCGUCGACCACAUGUACAAAUCGGAAGCGUGGGAGGAGCUCGAGGAGAAACCCAGCCCUGGCCAGUGGAGCUACUUUGAGCGGGAGUAA